AUGAGGGAUUUUGAUCAAAUCACUGCAUUUCUAGGUGAGUGGGGGCCUUAUCAAAAACUGAUCUUCAUUCUCCUGAGCCUCAGUAGCAUUCCCAAUGGAUAUGUGGGAAUGACAAUGGUUUUCCUGGCGGACAUUCCUCCUCACCACUGCAGGCUUCCAUUCCUGAACAGUAGCUAUGGAGGACUGGGCUACAAUUUGUCCAUCCCGACUGAGGAAGUAAAAGGGAAGAUCAUCCUGAGUCGCUGCAGACGCUACACUGAACAGGGGGACUCUGAUGCUGUUUUUAGGAAUGACACAGAGGGCUGUCUGGAUGGCUGGGUGUUCAGCAAGGAGAGAUACGUGUCCACCAUUGUAACUGAGUGGGAUCUGGUGUGUGACCAUGAAUGGAAAACUCCUUUCUCAGUCACUGUAUUCUUCUUUGGGGUAUUGGUAGGAUCGCUUCUGUCAGGAAUGAUAUCGGACCGGUAUGGAAGAAAGUUGGUCUUCUUUGCCACAAUGGCAGUGCAAACUGUGUUUAGUUUAAUUCAGGCAGCCUCCAACAGCUGGGAAAUGUUCUGUGUGUUAUACUUCAUUGUUGGAUUGGGACAAAUAGCAAAUUAUUGUGCAGCUUUUAUUCUUGGAUGUGAGCUUCUGAGCAAGUCGUAUCGUAUCACUUUCGCCACUCUGGGUAUUAGCAUGGCUUAUGCCGUAGGCUACGCAUGUCUCCCUCUUUUUGCCUACUUCAUCCGGGACUGGAGGAUGCUUCUGGUGGCCUUGUCUGUUCCAGGACUCCUGUACAUACCAUUGUGGUGGUACAUACCAGAGUCUCCUCGCUGGCUACUGUCUCAGGGUCGAGUGGAAGAGGCUGAGGCCAUCAUUCGAGCUGCUGCCAAGAAGAAUGGCAUCACUCCUCCUGACGUCAUCUUCAAGCAAGACGACACCGCAGAGCUGAUGGAAAAGGAAGAUGUAGAUAGUCAGAAAAAAUAUACAUGGCUGGAUCUCCUAAGAACAACAAAUAUAAGAAAUAUCACAAUCCUGAACAUAAUCAUUUGGUCAAUAGUAUCCCUGACUUACUUCGGACUGUCAUUGAACACCCCUAAUAUGGAUGGAGAUCCUUACCUCAACUGUCUCCUUGCUUCUGGUACGGAGUUUGUCGGGUACAUGAUGAUGUGGUUUGCUGGGCGCUACAUUUCACGACGCCUCACAUUGUCAACCAGUGUACUCUUUUGUGGGAUCAUGCUGCUGCUCAUCAAGCUUGUUCCAGCGGAACUCGGUGCUCUGAGUGUCACCCUGGCCAUGUUUGGAAAAAUCUCUAUCACCGGGGCCUUUGUUUUUAUUUACCUCUAUGGCAUUGAGCUGCUUCCUACAGUGGUUCGUAAUAUGGGCCUGGGGGUCACCACUAUGGCCUCCCGGAUAGGCAGCUGUUUCUCUCCUUACAUAGCCUACAUGGGGACAUAUAAUAAGGUUCUGCCCUAUAUUAUAUUGGGGUGCAUCUCCAUAAUAUGUGCUAUCCUAAGCCUGCUGUUACCAGAAACAAAAGAUGAAGAACUUCCAGAAUACAUCAGCCAAGUGAAACCUCUUCAGUGGUGGGUAGCUGAGUUCUAUCAGAAUCAGAAUCAGAAUCAGAAUAAUUUUAUUGGCCAAGUAUAUUCUCACAUACAGGAAAUUGAUGUAGCUAUCGCUAUUGCUGUAAAUUUGAUUGUGGUACAUUUGGGAUUUUGACUGAUUUUUCUCCUUGUACUUGGGCUCUAUAGGUUUUGUAGGGGAAAGAAACCAGAAGGGAAGAACACACACGAAGAAAACACUUCUCCAGGCAGCAGAGCUGAGGUGGAACUGGCCUAGACAACAAGUCAACCAGCUUAUC